GAACGCGACCCGCGUAGUUUUCAGGCAACACCCCUUCAACCCCAAGAUACCCUCUUCCGCAUACCGAAACAAACAAUGUCUCUGUCAAUACCAAACGCCCCGAACUCCGGGCUUUUCAAACAGGGCUACCAAAACUACGACGCCGAAGAUGGAGCCGUUAUUCGCAAUAUCGAUGCCUGCCGCACAAUUGCCCAGACCGUUCAAACGUCUCUCGGGCCUUAUGGUCGCAACAAGAUCGUCAUAAACCACUUGCAGAAGAUGGUACUUACCUCCGAUGCGGCAACGAUAUUACGGGAGCUCGAGGUGGUGCACCCAGCAGCUAAAUUGCUGGUCAUGGCCAGCCAACAGCAGGAGGCAGAGAUGGGCGACGCUACCAACAUGGUCAUUGUGUUGGCGGGUGAGCUGUUGAAGAAGGCCGAGGAGCUCAUUCGGAUGGGCUUGAAGACCAGCGAUAUUGUACUGGGAUACGAGAAAGCUCAGAACGCCGCUAUGCAGACACUAGAAGACCUCGUAUGCGACAAAGUCGAAGACCUACGAUCGCAAGGCGAACUCAGCAAAGCCAUCCGCACCGUCGUAGCAGCCAAACAAUCCGGCAGCGAAGAAUUCCUCGCCGACCUCGUCGCCGAAGCUGUCCUCGCCGUCCUUCCCAAGAACCCCGUCAACUUCAACGUGGAUAAUGUGAGAGUUGUCAAGAUCAUGGGUGGCAGCUUGGAGCAGAGCAAAGUCGUCAAGGGUAUGGUAUUUGCCCGCGAACCCGAAGGCAACAUCAAGAAGGCCACAAAGGCCAAGGUUGGCGUGUUCUCAUGCCCAGUGGACAUUUCGCAGACGGAAACCAAGGGCACGGUGCUGCUACACAACGCAAAGGAAAUGCUGGACUUCACCAAGGGCGAGGAGCAACAGAUUGAGCAGAUUGUAAAAGAACUACACGACUCUGGCCUCCGCGUGAUAGUAGCUGGCUCGACCAUUGGCGAGCUCGCCCAACACUACCUCAACCGCUACAACAUCCUCGUUAUCAAGGUUCUCUCCAAAUUUGAGCUCCGCCGCCUCUGCCGCGUAGUCGGCGCCACACCGCUCGCCCGCCUCGGUGCGCCCAUGCCCGACGAGAUGGGCAGCAUCGACGUUGUCGAGACCAUGGAGAUCGGUGGAGACCGCGUGACAGUAUUCCGCCAGGAAAACGACCAAACACGGACAGCCACACUGGUGCUCCGCGGCGCCACGCAAAACCACCUCGACGACGUCGAGCGCGCAAUUGACGACGGCGUCAACGUCGUCAAGGCCAUUACCCGGGAUCCCCGCCUCGUUGCCGGCGCCGGCGCCACCGAGAUGCAGCUCGUCGAGCGCAUCAAGUCGCUUGCGGACAAAACCCCGGGGCUCUCGCAAUACAGCAUCCGCAAGUACGGCGAGGCCUUUGAAGUCAUCCCCCGCACGCUCGCCGAGUCGGCGGGUCUCGACGCCACCGAAGUCCUCGCACGUCUGUACGUCGCUCACGGCGCGCAGAAGGGCGCUCGCAAGGACGACGAGUGGAGCGUCGGCGUGGACAUCGAGAACGACGACGGCACUGGCACGCUCGAUGCUAAAGCUGAAGGUAUCUUGGAUUUGUGGGUCAGCAAGAGCUGGGCUAUCAAGCUUGCUACUGAGGCGGCGAGGACGGUGCUCUCGGUCGACCAGAUCAUUGUCGCUAGGCAAGCUGGUGGACCCAAGAUGCCCGGUAAGGCUCAGCAGGGUAACUGGGAUAACGAUGAUUAGACGAGUUUUUUCUUCUUCUGCCUCUUUUCGAAUCUGGUAGAGAGAGAUAGAGAUGACGUCUUUCUCGACAGAUGCGAUAGAGAAAGAGAGAACUUGUGUAUAAUGAAUAAAAACAUCACACCCUCACAUUCCUUCCAUGCAUUCAUUCUUCUUCAGCGUGUGAAAAUUCAAGACAAUCCAGUAAAGUUCAUUCGUUCUUGAUCAAUAUAAUAACUUUGUUUCAUUUCGCAUUUUUCCCAUUUACAGCUAUUCCAUUGCCCCCACCUCCUGAACAGACUUGUCUUCUCCCCUUGUCCUACCACUGAAGGAAAUAAGUUGUUUCGCUAAUUAUAUUUGUACAAGGACAUACACACACACAUACACAACUUUUAUAUAUCCUCCUCGGUCGCUAGAAAGAAAUCCCGAGGGGGAACAGGAGGGAUAUUGAUGGAUCCAGUGUUUCGCCGAACCUUCCAUCCGCAUUCGCAUGUUGCAAUUCUCAGCUCCAAACUGUCCCCUUUUCUCGCCCGUGGUUGUCGAGGCGAUUCUUCCCACGUUUCAAUGGCUCUCCGC